UUGGGUAGUGGGUAAUGGGGGACCCAAGUAGGUCAGGGGGCCUAGGGGCGAGGGCAGGUAGCAAUGUAUGUGGAGCAAGAGGUUCCGUCAAGGUGUCCACGUACGUGCUCGAAAGUACGGAGUAAGCAGCUUAGGGGGUCCCGGGGACGCAGUAAGACCCGGUCCCGGGGCUCCCGAAGCAAGGCCCACCAUGUCCACAGGCGAUCGCUACCGGAGCACAAGAAGGCGCAAGUGCGAGAGAAAGAGGUGUGGAAGCCCUGGAACGGGCUCAUCGUAAUUGGAAAGAGAGUGGAACUCUUGGACAGAAACCUGCAAAAGUCUAAACUGUGGGACACAAAGUUGGAAUCUGAGGACUGGAAGCCGGAGGACGAGGGGAAGAAGUCCUCGAAAGAGAGAUCGGGCCUGCAUCAGGAGAGGGUGGACACGAAGCUCCUAAACAGUGCGGGAAGGACGGUACAGGCUUCAGCAAUUCUGGAGCCUGGCAGCUCAGAGAAGAUUUGGAGACCAGGAGACUCCAAAGUUCAAGGUGUAUCCAGGAGUGCAGAGAUGACUGCAGAGCCUGAAGAAAGAUUGAAGGACAAGUUUAAGGACAGGUUGAGGACCACUAGAGGGGACUUGAGGUCCAGAGGGGAUCAACUGGGGCAGAUUGAGGAGUCGAGUGAGGAGAACUUGAUGUACAAGAAAGAGAAACGGGGGUCCACUGGAGAGAAGGUGGUGGGCAGAGGAGAGAAGCGGAGAUCUGUUGUAGAGAAAGUGGACAGUAGAGAGAGACAGGGAUAUAGUGGAGAGAAGCGGAGAUCUGUUGUAGAGAAAGUGGACAGUAGAGAGAGACAGGGAUAUAGGGGAGAGAAGCGGAGAUCUGUUGUAGAGAAAGUGGACAGUAGAGAGAGACCAGGGCAUAGUGGAGAGAGGCGGAGAUCUGUUGUAGAGAAAGUGGACAGUAGAGAGAGACCGGGGCAUAGUGGAGAGAGACGGAGAUCUAUUGUAGCGAAAAUGGACAGUAGAGAGAGGCGGGGGUCCAUCAGAGAGAAGGCCUUGGACAUUAGAGAGAGGCGGGGGUCCAUCAGAGAGAAGGCCUUGGACAGUGGAGAGAGGCGGGGUGUUGUCAGAGAGAAGGCCUUGGACAGUGGAGAGAGGCGGGUUUCCAUCAGAGAAAAGGCCUCGGACAGUGGAGAGAGGCGGGUUUCCAUCAGAGAGAAGGUGAAGUCAAAUGAUGAAAAGCAGAAGUUGAGUAAAGAGAAAUUAAGGUCCAGUGGAGAGAAGCUGAGGACUGGUGAUAUCUCCACUGGAGAUAAUCUGGAGUCAAAUAUUGAGGAAUUGGAAUCUGAUGAAAUGAAGCUGGAAACGCGUUCAAGAACAGAGAUGGCAACUGAAGAAGAUAUGGAAAAAGUGAUAGAAAUUACUGAUGAUGAAAGUGUGAUGGAAAAUACGAGUCAGGAAAUGCAAAUUCAUGACAGUACAGAUGAACAAGGAGGAGCAGAAGAAGAGAUGGGAAUUGACAGUUCUGCCGGGGAUGAAAUGAAAGAUACUGCUGAUUGAUCUGUUCCCGUGGAAGAGAAAGACACAGUUAGAGAAGGCUCUGUGGAAUCAGAGGAGGAUGAAGAAGCAGUGGUAAAGUCAAAGAGAAGCUAGAGCCAAGCAGAACUUUGCUAAUUUUGAAAGGGCAAAUGUGAGUGAGGAGUCUGGACCUAAAAGGAUCAUGGGAAUGGAGGCAAAAUUUCUGGGCAUGGAAGCCAAGCAAGUAUUGAUGGAAGUGAAGAGUUUGAAAGAGGGACAUGGAAACAUGUUAAGGAAGAAGAAAAGACUUGGGAGCAAAUGCUAAGUAGAAGGAAGCUGACUGUUGCAUCUUAAAAAACUAUUUGAGAAAUGGGUCGAGGGUGGGCUGGAUUUUGGCAGAUAUGUACAUAGUAAGGGAGUCUGAGAUGUAAAAGGUUAAAAGAGAUUAUAGCAGGAUGAAAGAUGGACGCGGAAGGCUGUGGGAGAAGCAGCCAAUGAGUGAGGUGUCCGAAGCUGAUGCCAAAAACUGAGGGGCUCCAGCAGCAGGGAGACAAAGGGAAGAGGAGUGAUGGAAUAAAAGCUUAAGGAAGUGAGAAGCCAUAUCCUGCCAUGGUGCUUAGUCUCCUAAAUGCUGGGAUUGCAAAUGUGCACGGCCGUUCCGCCUUUCUUUGGUGAUAAGAUCUUGCUGGUGAACUGAUACCACUUCCUGGCUUCUUAUUAUGAGCAGAGCCCUGUCUACCCGAGGCCACAUUUGACGACUACUCUGGGGCGUCUUCGAGCUGAGGUAUCGUCCUUUCUUUAAGAGAUGUCUUCCUGGACUCUGGGUGAAGACUCAGUCUCUGCCCGUGUGUGGGACAUGACCUACAUACACUUCAGGAAGAACAGAUUUUGAGGACUCACCAGAUUUCUGUUCCUUGGCUGGCUGACUUCUUUACCUGAGAUAUCUGCUGUGUUCCACCGAGACCACAGACACCAGUGAAGACCAAGUUACCAUGACAAAUGUCAACUGCCUCAAAAUGAAUACUUGUGAACUGGGCAUGGAGGUGCAGGCCUGUGAUCCCAGCCACGGAGGAGGCUGAGGCAGAAAGCUCCAGAUCUGCCUGACUUGAAGAGAAAAAGGAAGUUGGGGAUUUAGCUCAGCACUAGCCCUGGGCUCAGUCUCCAGUGCUGAAGAGGGACACUGGGGAGAAAGAUCUUCCAAGGAAACGAGCGGGAUCACGUGAGGGUGAAAGUAGGAAGGCACGAGUGAAACAGCGUUUUCAUUUGCUACUGGAGAACAGCCCCUGACAUGAACUGGGGCCAGUAGUGUGACCAUCAUCACCAUUUUCUAGGCGUGGAAAAGAUGUUCCCCGUCCCCGUCAGAUUUUUGCCUAACGCCACCUCUACCUAGCGGGGCUUAUAUUCUAAGGCCCGAUGAAGGUGGAAAGCGUUUUGGUCCGACAGAGGGCAGGCUGAGAAGCAAGACUGCCGCGCGCAGGGUCACCCCAGCGUCACUCCAGCCGCGGGCAUGGUCCCAGUUCACAGCAGAGGGCGCUGCGGAACUGUCUUGGCUCUGCUAGGUGCUGGGCUCUGGUCCUUACCCCACCGGGACUCUGGGACUCCUGACCCAGCAUGCUCUAGGUGCUCUGUGAGUUUUUCUCGCACACUGGUGCCCUCUUAUGUUUUCGUAAGUUCUUGUUUUUUAAGGAAACUGUGGAAUAACAAACCAGGACAAGUCACUCAAGUCACCUCAGUGAGCCAGUUACCACAGACGCACGGACCUGCCUCAUCCAAGCCCCAUGCCCGAUCCCCAGGCAAGGAGGGCGAGGAGCCGCACAGAUUGCCAGCUGCUUGUCGCCGCUGUGCCGUGGCUGCACGUCCCUCAUGUAGGCACAAUCUUGAGUUUCUUCAGGCAGGGUGAGCAGGCAACGCUGCACCCCACCCAUAGCUGGUUUCGCUUUCCUAAUGUUAAAAGCGCCUCUCGCUGAAGGAGGGCGGUGGAACAGGUUUCAGCAUUUCCCCUAUUUUUUUUUAUAUGCUCAUCUGUUUAAGAUUUAUCCUUCCUGGCGAGUUCCUCCCCUUUCUCAGAAGAUGCCUAGAGCGCCCUCUUUGGCAUCUGUCCAAAGUCCAGGUUCUAAUAGCUUUCAGCUAGUUUAAUUUUAACCAUAUAAGCUGUCUUUUGGAAUAAUUACUUUUUAAUCUGGAAGGAGCCAGUUUGAUACAAGACCGUAAGCACUUCCUCCUGCUCGGAGGGAGCUGUGUCCACUUUCUGCUGAUAUGCCUCUAAAGGGAGGGAGCUGACGGGGAGGAAGACGGAAACUGCAGAUUGAUUGAUCAGGUUGAAUGGAGUCAGUGUCUGCUCUAAUGAGCCCAUUGAACUCGGUGCCAAGGCUGGAGAGCGGAUGAGGGGAGACAGUGUGACGGCCCUUGUGCUGUUUUGAGCCGCAGGUGGCAAGGAAUGACCUUUCCUGAGAGAUGUCCUGUGCACAACCAGCUGCCCCUGAUUUCUGGGGCAGUCUCCAUUUCUCAGACAGAAGACACAAUGACCUUUGUCAGGUUACCCAUUGGUUGUGAAUUCUAAAAGCAUAGACACCUAAGAGACCGUCAGCAACCGUAGGCCUUUUGUCCGUGAGUGUGGCCUAGCAAGGGCAGGCUGGCAGAGACGGGAGUCUCUCCUGUGCCCCACAGCUAGCUGGAAUACUUUUGAUUCCAUUUCUUCCCUUAUGACCCCAGUCCUUUGUAAUAAUUACUUGUGUUUAUAAAACCUUAAAGGAUUUUUGAUGUAUCAGGGUAGAAAUCAGUCUUCCUUUCUAUUGUUGGGGUGGCAAACUUUUUAUUUGGCAAUAAAAAAAAAAUCAAAGAUGAGAACAAGAAGAAAAUGAGAUGUGUGUGAUGGAAACCAAUCUAGAAAAAGUGCCUCGUGCUGGCUUUUGCUGAGGCAGACAAGUUUGGGAGAACACUAUUUUAUAGAACUCAUCUUUACUGUUGGCUCAUUGCUGGCUUUGCUGGUGUCUGGGCUCUCCAAGAGCACUCGGUAAGAGGGGAGGCUGAAACCAGAAAGUAAGUCUGAGCAGCUGUUACCCACAGCAAAUCUUGAAGGAGAGUCAAGGGUCUGCUAAUCUAGUUAGAGAUGAGCCUUUUGCUGUGAAGGGCCUGGCUUGUGGGAAAUCACAAGUGUGUAAUCUCAGUUACAGAGGGGUGGAGACAAUCAGACUAGGAGUUCAAGGCUGUCCUUGUAUGCAUAGGAAGUUUUGGGUUAGCCUGGGCUACGUGAGAUCCCGUUUUGAAAAACCAAACCAAACAAUCCUUCCCUCAGAGAAGGGCAGAUGCAAGAAGCCAAUGUGGGCUGUUAGCCCAACACUCCGGGCGUCACCUGUCUUCCCGUGCAUUUGACGUCUACAAGGAAAACAGUCCAUCCACUGGUCCAUCUGACAUAGGUUGGAACAAAUCAGAGCCCCGUGCUCCCCUCACCGAAAAAAGGGAGGGAGAAGAACGUGUGAGUUCCACACAUCCGGAGAACACGCUCUGAGGAUGAAGCGCAAGGGAGCAGCCGGCGCACCGAUCGGGAGUUUGACUGUUUCUGUUCUGUCCCCCGGUUCCUAAGACUUCAGGUCAGACCUGCUCACCAGGCGUUCUCCUGACACCCCUCCGCACUUGCCCCUGAGCUGUCCCAUCACCCGGCAUCCUUUCCUGAGCCCUUCCUCUGCGUCAAAGUUGGAGGGUGGAGUGGCACUCUCUCCUUCAGGGGUGGACCCCUCCAGGCUGUUCUUACUGGCACUUGAAGCAUCCUGAUGGUGGCUGCUGGGCUCUAAUCCCCCUGGGAGAGCGGAAACACAGGCCCCACAUGCCUGCCUCACAGAGCCAUGCUGCCUUGCAGGGGGACAGACGUGUCUCCACAGGUUCAGGGCCCACCUCUGAACUUUUCUGUUAUGGAUUCUUAGCAUGUCCUGAUGAUUUUUCAAGAUUCAGUACAUGUAAGAUUAGGACUUCCCUUUAUCAAACAAUGAAUAGUGUGUGUGUGUGUGUGUGUGUGUUGGGCAGAGGGAAACACAUGGGAGUUGGUUUUCUCCUUUCAGCAUGUGGACCCUGGGGAUUGAAUUUAGCACAGCAGGCACCUUUACCCACUGGAUAUCAUGCUGGAGGCACAGGGAGUCCAGUGUGAACAAGAGUCUGAAAAGCAGACUCAGGGAAAGCUUGGGUUACUGGGGCAGAUGCCACAAGUCCUGGACCAUCCAGGGUAGUGUAAUAGACUAAGGAGCCCCCUUGGGGUAUGAACCAUUGGACCAUUGCGAAAUUUCCUCUCGAUGCUCUAAUCCUGCAGAGAAAGGGAUGGAAGCAAAGUCUCAAAUCAGAGUAUGUACUGACCUAAUUAGAAGGUUGCCUGAGUGUUUAAUUAGCAGAGAGUUGUGUGGUGUGGGGCAGCAAGGUCACCCGCAGCCCUGAAUGGCAGCAGCACUGUCCUGGGGCUCUGGAAAGGGUGGACGAGGCGUUCAGCUGAAGGCUCUU